AUGGAUAGCGAAAUUAAAAAAGAUUUUGAAGAAGAUGAAGAACUAUCGGCUCUGCGUCUUGCUGCUUUGGCUACCUUAAAGCAACGUUCUACGCAAAAUGAUAAAAAAUCUAAUCAGAGGUCCAAUUUAAUUGUUAUAAACCCUGUUUCACCUAAUGAAAAUAGCUAUAGUAAAGAAUCUACAACUUCAUUAGCUUUGCCUCAACAUAAAUGGUACAAUUCUGGUAAUGAAGAUUCUAUGUCACCAAAAACGUUUCGCAGAACUGGUCCAAGUCGAUUUAAUAGGCAUGAAUCAGAUUCUGAUGAUAGUGAAUCUGACUUUGAGAAGAGUGACGAUUCAGGAAGUAAUGAAACAGUUUUACAAGAUGAACCAUCAGAAAAAUUUUCAAGCUUAACGUCGGAAUCCGCUCGUUUUGAAGAUGUAAAUGAUAAACGUCGAAUUUCUGAACAUAGGCUAAGUUUCUCUGCUCUCGACUCGCAACAAAACCAUGAUGUCGAUCCAGAGAAAACUACUAGUGUGUAUAAUUCUUUGAAAUGUCAUUCAUUUGAAAAUCCAGAUGCCAGGCAUGAUAUUAGUUUAAGAACUGCUCAGAUUCAUAAUGAUACCGAGCAGGCAUGGAGAGGUAACAAAAUGUCUUCUGGUGAUCACAACAAAUUUGAAAUGAAAUCUCCUAUAAGUGAAAACCAUGAGUUAAGUAAACAAAAACUCCAUUCAACUUCUAGAAAUGCAGAAAUGGAUUAUGAACAUCAGUAUGUAAAAAAUCUUGAUGCUUCACAAUUAAAUAAUGCUUGGAAUUACAGGAAUGUAAACAAAGAUUAUUUAUAUUCUAAUGAUGAUCAGUAUAAUUCUGGUAAAAAUAGUAAAUAUCAGAAUGUUGAAGCAAUGUCUUAUGGUGAUUUAAAGAUAGAACUUAAAAAGGAUCUGGAAGAAUAUCAAAAUAAUAAAAUUAUGCCUAAUCAGAAAGAUUCUCGUGAUUCUUGGCCUCCUCAGCGCAUUGAAACUAAUGAUAGCAGCUUAAAGCAUAAUCAGAAUAUUGAUCAAAACCGGCAGAACUCAGCUAGAAGAAAUAGCAGUUUAAAUAAUGAAUAUCUGAACAAGGAUUUCUUGCAAAACAAUAGCAAAAAUCAAGAACAAGCUCUAACAAGUAUCAAUAAUUUUCAAAGCGACAGUUUCAAGAAAAAAGAGCAUGUGAGUGAUAUUCGUUCACAAAGAAAAUACAGUAAAAGUCCUGAGCAUUGGAAAAGGAGGCGAAGAAAUAAAAGUCAAAGUAGUGAUAGCAGUCACAGAGGAAGUAGUCGAAGUCCUCAUAAACGUGAUGAACUUUCUGUGCAUCAACGAAAACGCAGCCCCAAUUCUGAUUUUAGUCCUAAAAAGAGACGGCAAAAACGCUCUGGUAACGAGUUAUCUUCAUCACAGUCCAGAAGUCGUAGUUCUUCCUAUAGCUCAACUAGUUCAUCAAGCAGCAGAAGUUCAAGUCCGGCCAUUAGAUCAGUUUCAAGUGUAAUUAAGCCUGUACGAUUAGAAAACGUAAAAACUGAAAUUCAGCAUGAUUCAAAACAUGCUAAUAAAAAAUCACAUUCGUUGGAAUCUGAUUUGUCGUCAACUGUACCUGUAAAAAGAUACAACACUGAUGACAGAUUUUCUGUCUCAAGUGAAAUAUCCAGAGACAAAACUUCUGUUGUUAAUGAGAACAGGAACCAUGUGACUGAAAAUACCAAAAGGGUACCUGUUCACAUGAGACUAGGAACUUUUCCACGAAAACGUCUAAUUCAGAUGAAUAAAGACGUUGAGGCUGCAUUUGUAACUACUAGUAGUGAUGAUGAAACUGAUGUAAAUAUAAAAUGUAAGAAACAAAACUUACGUAUUGUUACUGAAAUGUAUGAUAGUAAAACAAAGGGUUCAUGUAUCAUUGAACGGAAAGUGGAACAGGAUUCCAAUGUCUCAAGGGAAAGAUCAAGAAUUCUAAAGUCUUCUCACAGAUGACAGUAGCAGGUACAACAUUGCUACUGAUGCUAUUUUGCUACAGAUAACAGUGACAUAAAACUGUUCCUUGUACAUAUGUAUUUCAGUAACUGUUGAAGGUUGACACCUGAAAAUUAGUUGUGAUGUCCAACAGCCUCCAGCUCAAUGCAUAUUGAAAUUCAGUGGAUGGACACUAGAUUCUUCAAAUCUUGUCUGGAAAUGAAGCAUUUCCCCCUUAAAUGGUUUGAAGUUCAGUGAGUCAACAAUUGUAAAUAUUUUCAACUACAAUAUUUCUGUUAUGUAUACUUAGUUCAUAAAUUCUAGUAAAGUUUAUGGGAGCAUACAUGUUGUCCUAGUUGAAAUUUUUUCCUUUAUUGAAAUGAGCUUUUAUUAAAACUAAUUAUAUACAUUAUAUUUAACAUUUUCUUACACAUUAUAAAAACCAUGGAAGUGUACAAGUUUUUUUUUAAAUGAAAAUUGGUUUACUGUAUUUUUAAGCAAAAAAAUUUUAGAUAGAGAUUAACUAAUUCAAAGGAAUUCAUGAAUUUGUAUUAUUCUAAAUUGGAAGAUACAUAUAAUUUUUUCAGCAUCCAGAAAAGCAAAAUUGAACUGAUUUUUGACUUUAAAAUUUUUAUGCAUGUGAUUAACAAAUCUUUAAAAAUUUCAGAUAAUAAAUCAGUGGUUUUUAAACAUUUAUAUAUUUUUAUGUUAUUUUUAUUAUUUUAUUGUUUGUUUUCCAACAAUAAAAAGUUAUAUGUAGUAUACAGGUACUAGUCAAUCUUACCUCAUUUAAACUUUGCAGUUUAUUUUUGUUCUUUCUUUUCUUUUCAUUUCCUUUUUGUAAUUUUUAAAAGUCUAAGUGUUAUAUUGAAGAAAAAUUAAUUUUAUUCAACUUGAGUUUAAAAAAAUCAUUCUAUGUUUUACAGGAUGGUCCAAAAACGCUUGAUAGAAAGUAAGCAAUCCCUUUAAAAAGACAAAAUGCAAAAACAUGAAACAAAUGUGAUACAGAUAUAAAUGGCAUUAAACAUAUAAAAUUCUCAAAAGGUCUAUCGUCCCCGGUUAUAAAAAGCCGGUUCCAAAACCCUAUAUAACUAGCUGGACUGUGUCGAGACUAACAAGUUCAUUUAAUCUCAUUUCUGAUGGACAAUUUCAGGUUCUUCAGUGAUUUAAAGCGUUUCCUAUAGAUUCUGUCCCCAUUAGAAGCCGCAUGGAUUUAGGUCCGGACUGUUUGGGGGACCUUUCCAUCCCAUAUCCUGUGAAUGCUCUAAGGAGAUAAGCCCCAUCUUGUAUUAACUCAUAUCAGCUUGUCAUUUUGAGAUGGUUUGAUUCAGGGGCCAAAGGGAUAAUCUUGUAUGAACGUGACCCUGUUGCUUUUGUGAGCCUUUAUAAUGAUGCUUUGCAAAUGCUCAGUUGUAGAGAGGAAUGUCGAGUGGAAGUCCCCUCCCCCCACACAGUGGAGUUGAUCCCCAAAGAAAGCGUGUGCCAUACUCCCUGUUCUCAUCAGCAACAAUUUUUUGCCCCCACACCAUGCUUUUUGCAUUCCAAACACACCCGGUGGAUUCAAAUUGGGCCAUUAACCUGUAAGCAAUGACAAUUGGUGCAAGAUUAGGACCAAAGCAUCAGCCAUAGCAUGGCACAAAAUGACUGCAAAUUUCCAGUGUUAUAACAUUCUACCUAAUUAUAGCACUGGGUUACCACCUCACUAAGUGUACUUUUCUUUCAGAACUCUGAAUGACAUAUCCAACAAAUAAGGACAUUACUUUGAUCAUUCUCAUGAAAUUUUCUUACGAUAAUUCAAUUAACCAUUUUUCUAGGUUCAUUAAUUCCAUAUUGCUUAUUUUUCAUUUCGGGUAAUUCAGUAUUGACUUGAAAUGGCACAAUAUGUGUGCUAUUACACUAUGAAAGAAAUGUCCUUCUAGCAAUACAUUUGAAAUAAAGUACUUAAAAUAAUUUCUUUCAUGUUGUUUGGGCCACCCUGUACUUGCUAAAAGUAUAUCUAACUACAUCAAAGCCACGAUUUUAAAUCUUUGCUCUCAUAAUUUUCUUGUAAAUAUUUUAACCUUCUCUAUUUGUUGUAGUUGUACUUCUUUUCUGAAAUAAAAUUUCAA